GUUCAGCUCACAUAGCAGCUGUUUCAUCUUGAACCAAAAAGUUUUUAUUGAGUCCUACAUAUCCUCGUUUUCUGCUCACAACUCAAAUUUCCCCAUUCCAUCAACCAACCCCUUCUGUCUCUUUUGAAAUUAUCACAAGUUUCUUCGCCCAAGAUGUCCUACAACGACGAUAGACGUGAGUACGGUGGAGGAGGACGAGGCGGUGACAACUACUACGACCAAGGUCAACGAUAUGACGAUAGUCCACAGCGCGGUGACGGUUAUGGACAGCAACAAGGUGGUUACGGUGGCAAUGAGCCUCCUCGUCACCAUCGUCGCGAGAACGAAGGCGGCUAUGGCGGUGGCGGUGGUGGUGACCGCUACGACCAAGGAGGAUACGGCGGUGGCGGCUCAGGCAACUACGGCAGUUCAGGCGGUGGUUAUGGAAAUAAUGGCGGAGGUGGCGGUCGCGAUCGUUACGAUGAGGGAGGAUAUGGUGGUGGUGGUGGUUCCGGCAACUAUGGCAAUUCAGGCGGUGGCUAUGAUAACAACAGCGGCGGUGGUCGUGAUCGUUACGAUGAAGGAAGACAUGGCGGCGGCUCUGGCAACUAUGGUGGUGGCGGUGGAGGAAACGCAGACUUCAAUGAGAAUGAGGUUCUGCAGCACAGCCAACGACAGGGCAACUCCGAAGAUGGUGGCCUCUUCUCUCAAGCCAUGAGUUUUCUCAACAACAACAAACAGAGUGCGCAGUCAGAAGACCUCGACGAAGACAGAAUCCAGCGAAGCCAUCAGCAACUCUACCAGCAAGACGGCGGAGGCCAGCAACAUGAUGCCUCUAGCCUCGGUGCCGGAGCUGCGAUGCAGGCAAUGAAGAUGUUUUCUGGAGGGGGAUCUGGCGGUUCAGGCUCACAAUCCCAGAUGAUUUCCAUGGCAAUGCAAGAAGCAUCAAAGUUGUUUGACCAACAGAGCAACCAGGGGAAUGUUUCGGGUGGAACAGACAAGCAGUCGGUCAUCAACUCAGCUGCCAAGUAUGCCUUGCAGAUGUAUAUGAAGGGCCAGGGCGGUGGAAGUGGUGGUGCUUCAGGUCUGAUGGGCCUGGCCAGCAAAUUCUUUUGAAAGGCUGCAUGGCCGCCACAGAGAGACUGCUAUUCAGGACUGACUCGAUGACAUCGAAUUGCUGUUGAUGCUGUUGAGGGAAAACCUCUCUAUGCUAUAUCGUGGCAUGGAUUACGUUACUACAAAUAAGUGACUACCAAAUACUCUGUAGUUUCCCUUCGGUAUCUGCCUAGGCAGCAAUGUGUGUGACAAGAACAAUAGCAUCCUGGUGUACUUGAGUGUGUCCCGAGUAAUCAGAGACUGAUGGUUUUA